GUGUCAGAGCUGGAUAUGGUGAGGGGCACACCCUCCAUCUUGCUGGUGCAUGGUGUACUCUCCUUCCCGCUCUGCCUGGACAGCUCGCACCGCUGCCUCUUAGCUGCAUCACGCUAUGGCCGAGGCCGUGUUGUGGUGGCAACCCAUGAGAGUCAGCUCUUCUCCCCAAAGAUGGCCAAAUUCCUGCUCAAUGCUGUCCGCUGGCUAGAUGCUGGGAGAAAGGGGCUGGUGGGUGUGGAUGCCAGCCUGAAGAAACUGUGUGGCCUCUUCAGUGAGGAAGAGGUGAAGUCACAGGUAUCAGAGCUGACAGGCAACAUGAGCGUAUACUGCUGUCCUUCUUACAGUGACAAACAGGUGGAGACAAUUCAUGCUUUUGUGGCAGAAGGGGGUGGCCUACUGAUUGGAGGCCAAGCCUGGUAUUGGGCUUCCCAGAACCGCGGCAAAGCUGCAGUGGCAGAAUAUCCUGGCAACAAAAUCCUCAACCACUUUGGGCUGAGCAUCCUGGGGCAGAGUGUCCAGGCAGAAGCUCCAGCCACAGCAUUUGGGGAGCACUACCACUUUCGCAAGGCACUCUCUCUUUUCAAGAGCCAUGUAGACAAGGCUGAGGGUCUCAAAGCUCCCCUGAAAGACUGGCUGCCAAGGCUGGCACAAGACUGUGCUGCCUUUUCUGCGCAUCCCUGCCCAGGACUGCCCCACAUAUGCCUCAAUGCCCGCAUCCUGGCCAAAGUGCUUCGCCAAAGUGGGAUCCCGCACGUCAGCAGGCACAAGCCUGUCAAGAGCAACUCCAAAGAGGCAGCCCUGCUCUGCAUGGCAACUGAGCUGUCAUACACCAUGACAGACUGUGCAGCCCUAGUGCAGAAAUCUGCCACUGGGGUCUGUGCCCUUCCUGUUACCGUGGAAAUCGAUGGCACUAAUCCAGGUAAGACAGCCUGGAGGAGUACAGGACUCUAUCUCCCUGAGGGUCACACAGCCGUUAUAACAUUCCCUUGUCGGCUGGUCGGUGCUGGUCUGCAGGUGCAGGUUGGGUGUCAUGCGGAUGACCUCUCUAAUGCUGAAGAGCUGAAACGCCCAGUGGUAAUACGUACCUGUGAUAUUACCUGCCAGAAACAGUCAGUUUCCUGCCUCUGGGGUGGCCUCAUUUACAUCAUAGUACCAGAAAGGAGCGUCCUGGGAAAAGUGCCCAUCACUGUAGAAGGGGCAGUCAGAGCUCCUUUCUUCAAGCUUGGGGAGACCUGUGAAAACCAGUGGAAGGCCAGUAUCCGGCACUACCCUGCUCCCUGGGCAGAACUGGCAGCUGAGAGUCUCAUCCUGACGGUACCAGCUGACAGCAUCCGCCACUUGGAGAACCCAAAACCACUGCUGACCCUGUGGAAUGAGAUCAUGGUGGCAAUAAGCAAAUUGGCAGCCAUACCAACAAAGUUCCCAAGGCCAGAGAGGAUUGUAGCAGAUGUCCAGAUCUCAUGUGGCUGGAUGCAUUCUGGCUACCCCAUCAUGUGCCACAUCGAUUCAGUGAAGGAGAUGAUAGAUGUGAAGCACAUGAAAACUACUGGUCUUUGGGGUCCUGUCCAUGAGCUGGGACACAAUCAACAGCAGCAAGCAUGGGAGUUUCCACCUCAUACCACAGAGGCCACCUGCAAUCUCUGGUCUGUCUAUGUGCAUGAGAAGGUGCUGGGGAUUCCCAGGCAUCAGGCACAUGAGGCACUUACGUCACAGUGCCGGGAGGAAAGGAUAAGAGAGUAUCUGAAGAAAGGUGCUCAGCUAAAGGACUGGAACGUAUGGACUGCUCUGGAGACAUACCUGCAGCUGCAAGAAGGGUUUGGCUGGGACCCCUUCACUCACCUCUUCUCUGACUACCAGAAAAUGUCCUCUAUCCCAAAAGACGACCCUUCUAAGAUGAAUUUGUGGGCGCAGAAGUUUUCUCAGCAGGUGAAUAGGAAUCUGGCUCCUUUUUUUACAGCCUGGGGAUGGCCUAUCAAGAAAGAGCUGUCUGAGGAACUCUCCUCUUUACCCACCUGGGAACAGGACCCAAUGAAGUCCUACAGAUCAUGAAAGAAAAACAUCUGAACUUUGAUUCUCAGAUAAGGUACAGCCUAUGUUUUAGCCUUGUGUACUGCAUGAUUGCUCAUUGGGCACUUGAUAUUACAUUAAUUUCUUUAGCUUACUAGUUUAGAGUGGAGGUUAGCCCCCAACAGGUGUUCAGCAGAAACUUGUAUGUUGCUCAGCACCCAUCUAAACCACCUUCUGAAGGCUUGAAUAAUAAAUAAGCUUUGUUCUAGGUUCUUCACCUCAGGAGGAAUGUAAUUCUGAGUAGAUGUAGUUCCUGCAGAACCUUUAUCUGAUGAAAUGGAAGUUUUCAGGAUGGAGCAAUCAUUGGAGUGGUCUCAAGCACAAUGCCAAUAGAAUAAGGGUCUCUAAAGCAAAUAGUAUCCUCCACAAUGUUGUAUUCUUCCGCUGUAAUCUCAGUAAUACGAGAUGUUCACUAUGGACAUGAGUACCUAUAAAAUUCUUCAUCUUUAAUCUCCCUAACUAUGCAGAAGGUCCAUGCCUACUAUCAUGAAAAUGACCUUAUAAUGCUUAUAUACAGCUUAUAUAACAGCUGAUACUAAAAUGUUGUAAUUUCUUCCUGCUUUAUAUUGUGUGACCCAAUGUCCAGCUUUGUGCAAAUAAGUCAAUGCUGAGUGGUAGCCAUCACUCUUACUGUAGUCUGUGAGCAAGAUACAAGCCAUGAAAUAUAUCAGCAUAGAAACAAAGAAGAGGUGACUUGCUUAUAGUUAAUAGCGAUCCAACUCCUGGACUCAUCAGAAAUUAAAAACCAGGCGAUGACAUGACAGCAUGAAGGAGCAAUCAGGAGCAGGACAGCAGCACAGCCAGCAUUUUCGGAGGACCAACAGACAUUAAUGUUUCCCUCACCUCAUUCAUGAUUGCUUGACUAGCACAACACACUGGUGACUACACAGUGCUGACAAGUGUUUUAAUGUUUCGUCUAGUAGCAUACUGGUCUGGACACCCUUCUUGUGUAUCAUCAAUAAAUAAGACAAUUCUGGAUUUUCAAACUGUGUGUGGUCCUACUUUCAAGUGUGCAGUUUAAAAAAAAAAAAGCCUAAUAAGAAGUGAUCCAAAAAUUUGUUACAGCAGUUUUUCAUUUUUGUUCUGUCUCAGAUGUAGUUCUGGCUUUUCUGUGAUUCAUUGGCCUAAUAUUUACUUUGUCUUUCAAACUUUCUUUCUGUGCUUAUUCACUAUCAUUGUAAGUUGUUCUUCCAAUAAAGUAUAUGCAGAGGCUAAUGAUAGCUUAGACAGUGGUUCAGUACUAGUUUAGUAUUGAACUAGAGUAGAGUACUAGAGUGCUUUAGACUAAAAGGAAGGCUUUCAUAGUGGAAAGGUUUAGAUUUGACCCUGUCUACGGAAACAGAUUUCACCCCUACUGAGUUUAUGAGCAAAAGCUGAGUUCAUGUACAUUUAAAAAAAUGCUGAAAAUAUUAUUGGUUCUGUUACCUGAGUACGGCAGGAUUUGUUUUUUGUUUUGUUGUUGUUAUUGUUGUUUGUUUUUACGUGAAAGACACAACAAAAUGGAUCUUAAAGUGUUUAAGAGAAAAAAGGCUAAAGAAAAAGGUGAUGGGCUGGAUUCUGAGCUAGAAUGGACUA